AUGCUAAUGCCCUCUCUGCGAUCCACUCGCAGAUUCUGCAACAAUUUCUCUUCCUCUUCCGCCGCCAAUUUCAAAACCCUUAAACCCUUACAACUACCAGUUCUCGAUAAUCUCAAAUCCGAGUGGGACCCACACAAACUCUUCCAUCUCUUCAAAGCCAAUGCCACCAACCGUCUCCUCAUCGAAGACCGCUUCGCUUUCUACGACACCGUCUCCAGGCUCGCCGGUGCUAAGCGCUUCGACUACAUCGAGCAAUUACUCGAACAACAGAAAACCCUACCUCAGUCUCGCCGUGAAGGUUUCGUUGUUAGGAUUAUCGCCUUGUAUGGCAAGGCUGGUAUGAUUACACACGCUCUUGAUACUUUUAAUCAAAUGCAUAGUUUUAAAUGUCGUAGAACUGUUAAGUCUUUCAAUGCUAUUCUUAAUGUUUUGGCUUCGAGUCGGAAUUUCGAUGAGGUUGUGAAGUUUUUAGAUGAGGUUCCUUCUAGGUUUAAUAUUAAGUUAGAUGUUUAUUCUGUUAACAUUGCUGUUAAGGCUUUUUGUGAAAAUGAAAAGCUUCAAGAGGCUUAUUUGUUUAUGUUGGAUUGUGAGAAUAAUAAAGGUGUUAAGCCGGAUGUUGUUACUUAUACGACUCUUAUCUCUGCGUUUUAUGAGGUUAAGAGUUGGGAAAUUGGUAAUGGAUUGUGGAACCGAAUGGUGUUGAAGGGUUGUAUGCCAAAUCUUCAUACUUUUAAUGUUCGGAUUCAGUUUUUAGUUACAGUUAGGCGGGCUUGGGAUGCUAAAGCUCUGAUGGGUUUGAUGCAAAGAGUUGGGGUUAUGCCGGAUGAGGUUACAUUAGUUUUGGUUAUCAAGGGUUUUUUUCUGGCUGGUUAUCCUGAGAUGGCGAUGAGGGUUUUUUCGACGUUGAACAGGAAGGGUUAUAAGACUAGUGCUAAUAUUUACCAGACGAUGAUUCAUUAUUUGUGUAAGAGAGAGGAUUUUGUUCAGGCUUACACCAUGUGCGAAGAUAGUAUGCGAAAAAAUUGGUUUCCGAAUGUAGGUACUAUCUUUAUGCUGCUGGAAGGCUUAAAGAGAUUUGGGGAGAUUGAUAAAGCAAAGGAGAUUGUUGUGUUGGCUGAGAGCAGAAAACCUCCUUUCUAUUCCAGUUAUUUGGCUUCAAUGCAGUCCUUAUUGUUAGGGCAUUAA